UGUGGUUUCCUUUGUUGUCUUGACUUUCCAUUACCUGGCAGGGAUAUCCUGGAGUGGGUGUACACCAUAUUAUGUCAGUCUGCUUCCAUUAGCACAUUGGGGUGCUUAUUUUAAAUGUGAGUACCAAUUUGGCUCGAGUGCAUAAGCUUUGGCUUUUUUGAUUUGGUGAUUCUACACCUAAGACACCCCUCUCUUUUUUUCUAUUUUAUAGUUUUUCCAGUAUCUUCUGUGAAGAGGAGUGCAGCCAUCAUUCACACUGAGGACAUACCCGAUUUUUUGCUCUAUCAUAGUGACUUUCAACAUGGGACUUUGAUAUAAUUAAACCAGUGAUAGCUGAAAACAUCAUGCUGACCAUCCUGCUGUUGUGUAUCCAUGUCGUCUUAGCGCAAACAGUUCAUCGCAGUCCCCUUAAUGAUUAUCAGCGUUCCAAGGGGGUGGAGCUAGUUCAACCCUCACAGGGGGCAGAAAAACAGGAAGUGGAUGCGGAAGUUCAUAUCUGUGCCAAGCGGUGCUCUAGCCUCGGGGAUUGUAGGUCUUUUGAUUACAACUGGAAAACUCUCAGCUGCCGUCUGCUCCCAUGGACACAGAAAUCUGAGCACAUCGUCCUGCAGAGAAACGUGAACUAUGAUUUAUAUGAAAAGAAAGACUAUGUCCGAGAAUGUAUAAUAGGAAAUGGCGAUACCUAUCGUGGCGCUGUGUCUAAAACUGAGAAGGGAAAAACGUGCCAGCAAUGGAGAAUGAAGUUCCCCCACGACCACAAGUACAGUCCCACACCUGGGAAUGGGUUGGACGAAAAUUACUGCAGAAACCCGGACUCCGACCCCAAAGGCCCUUGGUGCUACACAACAGAUAAAAACACCAGACAUGAGCAAUGCGGGAUUAAAAAAUGCAAAGACGCUGUCUGUCUCAACUGUAAUGGGGAGGAUUAUCGGGGGUUUGUGGACAGGACAGAAUCUGGGAAAGAGUGCCAGCGAUGGGACUUGCAGAGCCCGCAUUCACAUCCCUACAAGCCAGAGAGGUACCCUGACAAAUCUCUGGAUGAUAAUUACUGUCGAAACCCUGACAGCUCAGAACGCCCUUGGUGUUAUACUACAGAUCCUAAUGUGCACAGAGAGUACUGCCAGAUCACCAAGUGCACAGAGAAGCAGCGUCAACGUAAUGUGGAGGUGACAGGCUCAUGCUUUAAGGAGCGAGGCGAGGGGUACCGGGGAAAGGCAAACACAACAACAUCUGGUAUCCCCUGUCAACGCUGGGACUCGCAGUCUCCUCAUCAGCACCGCUUCCUACCUGACAAGUAUCCAUGCAAGGGCCUGGAUGAAAACUACUGCCGUAACCCUGAUGGUUCUGAAGCCCCCUGGUGUUUCACUACACAGCCUGGCAUGAGGGUGGCGUACUGCUUCCAGAUAAAGCGCUGCCCCGAUGAUGUGGAGCAGACAGAUUGUUACUAUGGCAAUGGGGAAUUGUAUAAUGGGAAAGUGAGCAAAACACGAAAAGGAAUUACGUGCCGGAACUGGGACGAACGAAUGGACCAACUACAGGUAUCGCUGGAGCAGUCCUCACUUGUACCGCUGGAAAACAAUUACUGCCGCAACCCUGACCGAGACAGUCAUGGACCCUGGUGUUUUACAAUGGAUCAAAAUACGCAGUUUGAUUACUGCGCUAUCAAACCUUGCGAUGGAGAGAAGCUUCUUACCUUAGAAGAAGCAGAAAAAAUUGAAUUUGAUUCCUGUGGCAAAAGGAAUGACCGUCUCAGCAAACUUGGCCGUAUAGUGGGGGGUGUAGCAGCUCAGCCAGGCAACUCUCCAUGGACUGUGAGCCUACGCAACAGAGAAGGGAAGCAUUUCUGCGGGGGAUCACUGGUAAAGGAUAACUGGGUGAUCAGCACACGACAAUGCUUCACAUCCUGUGAUGCUGAUCUGACUGGAUACGAAGCUAUGAUGGGUUCACUCUUUAAGAACCCUGGACCCAAUGACCCUGAUGCACAGUCUGUGCCAAUAAGUAGAAUUGUGUGUGGACCUUCUGACUCUGGUCUGGUGAUGUUAAAGUUGGAAAAGUCAGUCACCUUAAAUAGUCGAGUGGCUGUCAUCUGCCUGCCUCCUGAGAGAUACAUUGUACCUGAUGGAACAGAAUGUGAGAUCACAGGCUGGGGAGACACCAAGGGUACUGGUUAUCCGGAUGUGAUGAAAGUGGCAAAAUUUUAUGUGUUAAAUAAUGGCGAGUGCAACGUGUACCACAAAGGCAAAGUGAAAGACAAUGAUAUUUGCACUAGGCCAAUGACUGUGGAGAUUGGUGCCUGUGAGGGGGAUUACGGAGGCCCACUUUCCUGUCUGACUCUAGAUUGCUGGGUGCUGGAGGGAGUUAUUAUACCUGCAAGAGGGUGCGGAAAGAGGAAUCAGCCAGCCAUAUUCACACGAGUCUCUGUCUAUGUGGACUGGAUUAACAAGGUCAUGAAAAUGAACUGAACAAAGAAUGAGUCUCUUAUCAGCUGUGCUUAUUCAUUGAAUAACUGGACUCUGCACUUACAUUUGUAGAUGGGGUAAAUUGUGAGAGCAUGGCAAAUAGGGAUACAGAUUGAUACAAUGAGGGGAAUGGUGAGAAUAGGACAUCUUUUUUAAUGAUUGAAUGUAUGGAGAAGGAGAUGAGAGACAUUAAUGAUGCAGUUUUUUAAGAAUAAGUUUAUGUAUUUUUAAUGGACAUUGGUCAAGAAAUGGGAACAAGUACUGAGAAAAGUUUGAAACAUAAAUCACUAAUAACAAUAGAGACAGGGGUUUGAAAACGGGUGAAAAUAAGAGAGAGUUGUGAAAUAUACAUUGUUGUUGGGAUGUUUUUACUAAAAUAAUCCUGGAUUAUUGCACAUUUCAGUGUAGUUCUUCUGUACAUAAUGCAUCUUUACACAUUUCAUUUAAUUGCAUACAUUUUUUUGAGUUAAGGUGAAAAUUUGUGUAACAUGGUUGUCAUAAUGCAAAAUAUUUUAAAUUGUUGUAUUGUAAUGCCAACAUAUUUGUAUAUGCAAAUACCUUUUUUUUAAAUUAUAUAUAUCUGUUUGUAGUGAAUGGGUCAACUAGAUAACUUCCUGUUACUAAAGUAGAAAGAAAAUGCCAUGAACAAAUAUAUACGGUAGAAGUUGCUUCUCAGUCUGUAAAAAACAAUGUAUCCUGUUUCACAAGCAUACAGGGCUCAGCAUGCACAUAUUGUUCUGCACUUAGUGCAUACAAAGUAUAAGCUGUGAUUUUUUCUUUGUUUUUUUAUAAAAUGCUGUAAAAUAGAAAUCUUGUUUUUAAAUAAAAUAUACACAAAUGUCCAA